AUUGAACUUCUCUCCAAAUUUUUAGCUUUUCGGUAUGGAAAGAAAGAAAAACCCUUCUUUUCAGAUACCCAUUUCGUUUCUUCUCUCUGGAUGAUGAUUUGUUCCUUCAAUUUUGAGAGCAGAGGUUUUUGUUGACCGUUUCUUAAUGGCAACUCUGUUUUGUAAGCCCCAUCCCAAGGAGCGUCUCGUCUUCCUCCUAAUCAUCUCCUUUCUGUCAAUCUCUUUUUUCUUCAUCAAAGCACAAGGGUCUGUUCUUCCCAUUAAUUCUCAGUCCUUAAUUGGAAGCACCGACCCUGUUUGUGAAGGUUUGCAGAAGCUAAAAGACUACAAAUCGAAGUGCUCAUUCCUCAAAUCCAAUAAACCUUGUGUCUCUCAAGGCUUUCUUAACUAUCUAUAUCUCUUCUAUUGCAUUUGUGGGCGAUGGCCUCCUUUAGGCUAUUCUCUUCUGUUCCUCUGGCUUAUUGUGCUGUUUUACCUUCUGGGAAACACAGCUUCCGAGUACUUCUGCUCUUCACUUGAGAGCUUAUCGAGGAUUCUGAAGCUCUCUCCUGCCAUAGCUGGGGUAACUCUUCUUUCUCUGGGCAACGGUGCACCUGACGGAUUCUCUAGCCUAGUUUCCUUCACGGGAACUGGAGCACGCCGUGUGGGCCUCAACAGUGUUGUAGGGGGUACUUUCUUCGUCUCCUGUGUUGUGGUUGGAAUCAUAAGCAAAUUCAUGGGGCCUCAUCAGAUUCCCAUCAAUAAAUCUGACUUUGUAAGAGAUAUUUGCUUCUUGCUUUUAGGAGUUCUAUCAUUGGCUUCUAUUAUGAUCAUUGGAGCAAUUAAUGUUUGGGGAGCAAUGGCUUUUGUUUUUGUUUAUUUCUUGUAUGUGAUUGUUGUGUACCUCACUCAUUUACGUCAGAGGAAGGAUACAGUGGACUUUGGGAUGGAUCUUAAUGGUGAAUUGGGUUUACCCAUCUUAAGAGAUAGUGAAAAAGAUGUAAUUUGUGAAGACACAGAUGAUCUUGAAGGUAAUUGUCAUAAAGAUGCUGUUUGCAAUUGUUUCUGCUUCAAAUCAUCAGUUUGUUUUGGUAGGUUCUUGUACAUUGUAGGGCUACCACUGUACCUACCAAGGAGAUUGACUAUCCCUGUAGUUUGUGAAGAUAGAUGGUCUAAGCCCUUUGCAGUUGUUUCAGUCACAUUAGCACCAGUUCUCUUGGCAGUCCUUUGGAAUUCUCAGAAGGGAAGAAUGGGUUCCAAAGCAGGCCUUGUGGUAUAUAUAAUUGGUGGUUUGUUAGGGAUUACUUUUGGGGUACUUACAUUACUGCUGACAGAGAAAGCCAGUCCUCCAAAGAAAUGCAUCUUCCCAUGGCUUGCAGGAGGAUUCUUGAUGAGUGUCACUUGGAGUUAUAUCAUAGCUCAGGAAUUGAUUGGCUUGUUAAUUUCACUUGGUCAUGUAAUUGGAGUGAGCCCUUCCAUUCUAGGGCUAACUGUACUUGCUUGGGGAGACUCACUUGGGGAUUUGAUAACGAAUUGUACAAUGGCUUUGAAUGGUGGGUCUGAUGGAGUGCAGGUGGCGAUUUCAGGGUGUUUUGCAGGACCCAUCUUCAACAUAUUUGUGGGUUUAGGUAUGUCUCUUGUUGUAUCUUCCUGGUGUACAUAUCCAUCUAUUGUUUUGAUACCUAAAGAUCCAUUGCUCUUGGAGACACUAGCCCUGUUGGUGGCUGGGUUAGUUUGGGCUCUUGUUAUUCUACCAAAGAGAAACAUGAAGAUUGAUGGGUUGUUGGGAGCAGGGCUUUUAGCAAUAUACUUGUUAUCUAUUUCUUUGAGAGUUAUACAAUCCAUUGGAUCUACCUAGUUUCAUCAUUUUGUACAGUUAACCAUACGAUAUAUGAAAUCAAUGAAUCAAUUGUAGU